GGCGGCCGGAAGCGGAAGUGUGGCGGUAACGCCCUCUCGCCGCUGCCGUCGCGGUGCGUCGUCGUGCGGUGGCGGAAAGAUGGCGGCGGCCAUAGAGUGAUCGGCGGCGGCGGGACCCAGCGGCGGGCCCGGGCGGGUGAAGAUGAAGUAGAGUUCUGACCAUGGACCAUGACGCCCCCACAAUCAGGCCUCGCCGCAUCCAGAACCAGAAUGUCAUCCACCGCCUGGAGUGCCGCCGGAUCAGCUCAGGCAAAGCCGGCACCCACUGGCACCAAGUCCGCGUCUUCCACCAGAAUGUCUUCCCCAACUUCACUGUGGUCAACGUGGAGAAGCCACCCUGCUUCUUGCGCAAGUUCUCCCCUGACGGUCGCUACUUCAUUGCCUUCUCCUCUGACCAGACCUCUCUGGAGAUCUACGAGUACCAAGGCUGCCAGGCGGCGGAAGACCUCCUGCAAGGCUAUGAGGGAGAGAUCCUGGCCAACGGCAAUGACCAAAGAUCUGUCAACAUCCGGGGGCGGCUCUUUGAACGCUUCUUUGUCCUGCUCCAUAUCACCAAUGUGGCCUCCAAUGGGGAGCACUUGAACCGGGAGUGCAGCUUGUUCACUGAUGACUGUCGAUACGUGAUUGUUGGCUCUGCCGCGUACCUGCCCGAGGAGCCUCAUCCUCCCUUCUUCGAGGUUUACCGCAACAGUGAGUCGGUAACGCCUAAUCCCCGGUCCCCCUUGGAGGAUUAUUCCUUGCAUAUCAUAGACCUCCACACAGGUAGACUUUGUGACACACGGACUUUCAAAUGUGACAAAGUCAUUCUGUCUCACAACCAGGGGCUGUACCUCUAUAAGAAUAUCUUGGCCAUUCUCUCUGUGCAGCAGCAGACUAUUCACGUCUUUCAGGUAACACCUGAGGGUACAUUCAUUGAUGUACGGACUAUCGGCCGCUUCUGCUAUGAGGACGAUCUCCUGACUCUGUCUGCGGUGUAUCCCGAGGUGCAGCGGGAUACUCAGACAGGGAUGGCCAACCCCUACAAAGAGCCCUUCAUAAACUCUUUGAAGCACAGGCUGCUGGUGUACCUGUGGAGAAGGGCCGAGCAGGAUGGAAGCGCUAUAGCAAAAAGAAGGUUCUUCCAGUACUUUGAUCAGUUAAGGCAGCUCCGCAUGUGGAAGAUGCAGCUUCUGGAUGAAAACCAUCUGUUUAUCAAAUACACUAGCGAAGAUGUGGUCACGCUGCGGGUGACGGAUCCUUCCCAGCCUUCAUUUUUUGUUGUGUACAACAUGGUGACCACAGAGGUUAUUGCUGUAUUCGAGAAUACAUCUGAUGAGCUGCUGGAACUGUUUGAGAACUUCUGUGACCUCUUCAGGAAUGCCACCCUGCACAGUGAGGCGGUCCAGUUCCCCUGCUCAGCUUCCAGCAACAACUUUGCCAGGCAGAUCCAGCGCCGGUUCAAAGACACUAUUGUGAAUGCCAAGUAUGGAGGGCACACGGAGGCCGUGCGGAGGCUGCUGGGCCAGCUCCCGAUCAGCGCCCAGUCGUACAGUGGCAGCCCGUACCUCGACCUCUCCCUUUUCAGCUAUGAUGACAAGUGGGUGUCAGUCAUGGAGCGGCCCAAGACCUGCGGUGAUCACCCUAUAAGCUUUACAACAUGCCAAGCAUGGGCCGAAGCAGCCCUGGCUUUGCCUGGAGGACUCACUGAGCCCCUGCUCCUGGCAGUGCACCGUGACCCCUGAAAGCUGCUCUUGCACAGGUUCGUCCUCUCAUCUACCAGUGUCCUUCCUCCAUUCAGGUAUGUUGUGACAGGCUCAGGUAAGGAGUCAGAGUGGUACAAGAGAAACUUGUGUGGCCCAGCACACUGUCUCCAUCCCAGUGCCUGGUGAACUGGGCAGCAGCUGCCUUGGAUGGGGCUGGUGAGGAUGUGCUGGCAGCGCUGACAUCCACAUCCGACCCUGAGCCCUGCUGGAGGACAGCCCAGCCCUGGGGCUGCUGGAGCCAGGGGAUGCCUGAGACUGGCUGCGCGAGGGGGCUCAGAGGGCUGAGAGCCAGGCAGGUGGCAGAGGAGCCCUGCCAGAGCCAGCUGGACGCUGUUUGACAUGAUUUUUAGGGCGUUAAUAAGAGCAGCGGGCAGUGUUGCAUCCCUCCGAGUGCCUGCUCGCUGCCGCUGAGCUGGUCAUUCGAUAGCUGCUUGGUGCUCCUCAAAGGCGUAAAAUGGAGCAACGUCGGAUUAGAUGUACCCACUGUCCUUGGUGAGCACCAGGGAGAUAUGGCCCUAGCCCUGCCGCCUCCGGCCUGCUGGCACCUAGCACUGUCACCACGGCAAUGGGGAGAAACAGCCACCUGCGUGGAAACGGCCUUGCUGCAGCCAGCAACCGGUUCUGGGGAGAAAACGGUUCAAAUGGUGAGUUUGGAGAGGUGAGGGGUGCUGGCAUUCCUGCAGCAAGCAGCAGGGAGCCCAGACCAAUGCUUCUGGGCUGAACCUGCAUCCUGUGGGAUACUGCAGCAACGGCAGAGUCCCCGCGGGUGGGACAUCCCUCCUGAAACACUGGCAUCGCCCCCGUCACCAAGCCAGCGUGUGCUCUUGCGUCUUCGGCCGUGAAGGAUGGUUUUCAUUGCUGCUGCCCUGGUUUUUAGGGGCUGAUCCUGAGGUUGGAGUAAGGUCCAGAUUAGCUGUGCUGAUACCUGCAGCAGUGUAGGUAGGUCACUGGCUCAGCUCUGACAGGUGAGUCCUUAAUGCUGGUAAAACCCUUCUUUGUAAGGGAGAAAGGGCAGCUGGCAGCCAAACCAGGCCCCCUGUAGCAGGGCAGAUGAACGUUAUGUUGGCAGCGCGAUUGUGCAGUGCAGCCCAUCUGGCUUCAGGCAGCAAAGUCCAAGUUCGUUUCUCCUUGUCCUGCCUCUUGCCCCUUAAACACCGAGAGUGGCUCUGCCCAUGCCAGCUUCUUGCCCAGAGAGGGCUCAGAUUUGAAGAUGCCGACCUGCUGGCUCUGAUAAGGGUGGGGGAAAGCAGCUCUGCCCUGUGGUUUCUUGAGACCCAGCAGAGUUUGUCCCAGUUUUACACUGGCACCUUGGUGACAGCACUCUUGGCUGCAGGAUCACUAGGAAGGGGAUCUCCCCAGAUGGCUGUACUGCUUCUCUUGCAGGGAUUUCUGUAAACAGGGCUGAUUUUACGAUCAGGACCGAGAUGUGAUCUGUUCAGAGCUUCUCCCAGCACUGGAGCAGGCUGCUUCCUGGCUGUUGGCAUUACAGAGAAGCCCAGAGGGCUGGCCUGUCUACAGUCAUUUGCAUUCCUUGGUCAGUGUGAUUACUUGGUCAGUAAAUUGAUAAAUUACUUCUGUGGAUUUGGCAGGAGCAAAAUGAAAGGCAGCAUCCAGCUCUUGGCAAGGGGCUGUGUGAGAGCCGUGGCUGGCAAUUAGGAGAGCGAGAUGUUUGCCUGCAGGCUGGUGCAUGAAGAGAUAAGAGUCCUAUUUCACCACCUUAUCUAGGGACCUGCCAAGGGGCUGGGGGUUGAAAUAUGUGUAUUUCUCCUGGCUGUGGCCCCAGGUUUUGCUUGCUACCUGGAGUCCUGUGUGUGCUGGGAAGCCUGACCUGCUCCUGCACAGAGGAGCAAGCAGAGGGAGAAAGGGCCCAAAGUUGGAGUCUUAGUGAUGUGGCCAGGAGGUACGGUGGACAUCAAUCCCAGCCACGCCCGCUUAGUUUGGCUUUGCAAAAUGAAUUAUUAAGUGGCAAGGCACAGAGGAGGGAUUUUGGAGCCAGCUGUGAAAGGGAAGAAAGGUUUUUGAGCGCUGUCAUUGCUGCUUGGAGAGGCUUUGGAACAGUUUCUAAAUACAACUUUGGGAUGGUCUUCAUGCCUUCUUUACAAUGGUGAAGGGAAAGCCCCAAAGAGCUGGUCAUGCUGGUGGGGAGGGCUCCCAAGCAAGGCCACUCCGUGCUUCUGAUAUGGUCCGGCUGGGAGAACAACAAAGGAGACUACAUCUAGCCUGAUUCUGGAGAGCCCUUCCCUACAUCCUUUCCUAAUCUGUGCUGACUCUGGACCACCAGCUGCGCAGUUUUAGCCUUAGGAAAGUUUUAUGGGUUUUUUGAUGUUGUAUUUUCUCUUCCUGCAUUUUCUCCCCCAUGUUCUCUCUCUUUCCUGACCCACCUUUUUGUUGCCUGCAUCCUUAGUUAGCAUUCAGCCCCUAGCACCCAGUGCUUUCUCCCUUCUGCCUACUUUCUUUGGAAAACAAUCUGUGAAGCUGCUGCCGGGAGCAGCUGUCCCAAGCGAUGGCUGUUGGGGCUCUGUAGCUGCCGAGAGGUUUGGGUCCAGGGGCGCAGCCUCUGACUCUCAGUAGAUGCGGUCGUAGGAAGAGAGUUAUGAACUGCAGGGGAAUGAGAGGACCCUGCCCUUCGGAGUGGCACUGGUGCAGGGGGAGCUUGGAGGGUGCAGCAGAGGAGGUGCAAGUCGUGUCAAGAAAAGGGAGUAGCAUUGAGGCCGGGCUCCCCUCUGCACCUCCCCAAGGGGACCCCACAGCCCAGCUUCACCAUCAGCACAGGAACUUGGAAUGCUAUUAGGCAGUUCAUUAGUAAAAUUUCUGAGCAGUUCCCGCUGCUGUUGAGUACCUAUUAGAGAGAGGAGAGCAUUGGAAAAGCACAAAAACGAUCUGAGGGUCCUUGAUCUCUUUUUGGUUUGAGAGGUCAUGGGCUGAGGUUGGAGGGGCAGCUGGGAGAAGAGGGGCCAGGCAGGGACGCCAGGCAUGAAAGCAACACUGAUUAUCUGCCAAAGUCUGAGUGCAAAAACAUAACCUGACUUAAACCAUUACUUCUCAAAGGCUCCCGAGGGGUGCUUUAGGGUUAUAAACACCUACUCACUAACCCACUUUGAGCGCAUCUUGAGCCAGGUAUUCCCGCACCAGAGCGAAAGCCAGCAAAACCUGGGCAGAUGUUCCCAACAGCUGCAGCUGGGCUGCGGUAAACCACCCCUGCUGCUACAGUUUAUUAGCACUGCAGGGUCUGUCCCCUUCUUGCUUGCUUGUGCAUGCAGUCAGCUGUUAAAGGACACUGACAUCACUUAAUUAACGGUUUAAUUGAAUCUCACAAAGGGAUCAAAAUUGGCUGCCUGACUCGUCACUGAGAUGCUCACAGAAGAAAUAGUAAAUCACCAAUUCAGCAGAUAAAGCCGCAGCUCUAGGUAGAAAGUCCUUGUUGCUGGGGACAGGGAAAUAAUUCCUCUUUGCAGAAUAAUGUACUAUUAGGGAGAAGCCUGGGGCUAUUUUUCUAAGUCACCAGGUCCCUGCCCAAGGGAAGGGUAACUGAGUUAGACUGACUCCCCAAGGUGGUGUGGCACUUGUUAUGGGGUAAACAGACCUGAGGCAGCAUCUUAUCUCUAAGUCAGAAGACUGUGUUUCACCCCUUGUGUGAUGGAGAAAGGUCCACGUGGUGUUUUAAAAUGGAGGGCAAAACCCCGGAAAGGCCAGGGUUGAACCAGGAUGAGGCUUUGCUCUCUCUGAGCUUGGUUCAUGGAAGGUGGCUUCUUUGAAAGCAGGGAAUCAAAAGUUAGGAGGAAGUGGACAGGAAAAUGUUCCAAAGCAAUGGGAAACCCAAAGGGAGAGGAUGUGUACCUAAAGAGGGACUUUGUACAAGGGCAUGUAGUGAUAGGACAAGGAGUAAUGGUUUUAAGCUGAAAGAGGGAAGAUUUAGAUUAGAUAUUGGGAAGAAAUUCUUCACUGUGAGGGUGGUGAGGCGCUGGCACAGGUUGCCUACAGCAGCUGUGGAUGCCCCAUCCCUGGCAGUGCCCAAGGCCAGGCUGGACGGGGCUGGGAGCAACCUGGGCUGGUGGGAGGGGUCCCUGCCCGUGGUGGGGGGGUUGGAACUAGAUGGUCUUUAAGGUUCCUUCCAACCCAAACCAUUCUGUGAUUCUAGUGAGGGCACUAAUGCUGUGGCCAUGCUACUGACAAAUAAACGAAUUGCUGCUCAGGAGUAAUGUGAGCCAGUAGAAAACAGCAUUCCACCCAGGUGCCAAGAAAAGCAAUUAGAACUGGUAAACACCAGUGACUGACUAAAACCAGGCUCUUAAUUAAUAGUUUCAUCUGAAGGGUGAGGAAAUCAUUAAGUGCUAUUGGUGUCUGUUAAUUCCCUGCAAGAUGAACAACAAUAGAGAGUUUUUAGACUUCUUUCACUGUACAGUGUGUGCAGGAAGGAGCAACUGAGCCCUUGCACAAGGUGGAAGAGCUUGCUGUGUGCAGCUGUGCUUCCUCACUUCACUAACAGCUGCCCCAGAGGACCAGGAUGUGCUGCAGGAUAAACAGCUCAGACCGAGCAUCAUUAGGACAUAACUUUAGGGGUGCUCCAUCAGGGCAGGAGGAAAGGUGGGUGGAAAAUAGGACUUCAGUGAAGAGCUGCACAACUGAAGCACUGUGCUGGAGAGCUCAGGGCGGGUACAUGGAGCUGGGGGUUUGGAAGACAAAUGCCACACCAUACUGUACAGAGCCAGCUGCUGAACCACGGAGAAUAGCGUCAGCCUCUUCUGUCCAGCUCAGAGAGUGCUAUAUUAGAUGUCGGUUGGAGGAAGUAGGGGUGACUACUAGAGCUAGGCAGGGCAGACAGGGAGGUAAAACUUCCCGCUGUACAACCAGUGGCAAUGCGUUAGUGGACUUCAUAAAAUGUUCACAAAUGCUCAGAAACCAAGUGUUAAGGAGUGGCCUUUACAAAGGGCACAGCCUUGAUUCUACGUCUGGAUAAGACAAAAGUUUAUUCUUGUUUUCUAACUCUCGAAUCACCCAUCUGUUCUUCCCUAAAUUUCAGAAGGACGGCAGAUCUCUUUGCAAUCUUAUUUUUUAAUUUGUUCUAUCAUUUUUAUCUGAUGUGGGCAGUUCUGCAUUGAUGCAAUGAGCAGCUUGUGGUAGAGAAGGGUAGUGUUUGGUUUUCUGCGUGUUAGACAGUACAUCGCCGAGAAGCCUGCCAGCGCGGGCUGGUGCUCCUCCUUUCUCAGGGCUCGUCGCUGUGCUCAGCACAGAAAUGAGUCCAGCCUUGCUGUAAGGCACCUCAGUGUUCACGCAUGCCUUCCCCAGCUAGCUGCCCAGAUACUUGGGAGAGUUAAUCUUUGUAGUUUAUAGCAGACCUGGUAUCUUCUCCUUAAAAAGAGGAAUAUGAAGUCACUAGAAGCUCAGCUAUAUUUCUGGAGCGAGGGGGAAGCUCUUCUAGUGUGUCAAACACCUAUGGAGAAACCUCUCUUCCUCACUGUCAAAUCUGUGACAGCUCAAGGAACUUCCCUUUAAGAUAACCUACCCUCUAUUCAAAUUCAGACAGUUGAGUAAGGUAGGGGAUUCAUCUGAAUCUUGUUUUCUUCUCUUCUGUCAAAUGCAACUCAAGAGGCUCUUCUAAGCAGACCGAUUUCUUUCAAAACCUGCUGUAUGCCAUUCAGCCCCGUGAAGGAGGUUCACUGCCUUGUUGCCAUGGUACCCUUUCUCUAAAGAGGAACAGAAUAGUUAAUUAUGCAAUUUAAGAAACUAAGGAGGAAUGACAGAAAGAGAAAUAAUAGAAAGGAAGAUUCUGGGUUUGCGGUAGGACUGCUGGCUGCACCAAAAUACACUCUGUUUACAGGUAAAAUAUGCUGUAUACAGCCAAGGCUUCUCUGGCAGCAUGGAUUUCAAGGACAUGCCCUUUGCUAGGCAGUGUGCCUCUGCCAUCCAGGAAAUCAAUCCUGUAGUCAGUUACUGCUGUUACCUUCCCUGCUUGAUGCUCCAGAGAGCCUCAGACAUAUUUCCUUGGCAGAAAUUCUCUGGAUGGAGCUGGGACAGCAAUAAUACAUCACAGACCCAUGACAAGCUCAUGCUGCCUGUGGACAUACAGAGGUACAGUUCAAGACUUAAGUGUUUUAAAUCUCCUUGGCAGCAUUCCAUUGUUCCUCAGGCCUACUAACCCCCUGCUUGCUUUCCCCAGGACCCCAGAAAAUCCAGUUCAUGGUGCACAAGGCAGGACCAAAGAGAUGGAAGCAUCAAAACUGGCAAGAUCCCAGCCCCUUUAGAAGGGCUGGCACAUUCAAUUGGCCAAUAGCACUGGCAGGCCAGCUACAGCUUGGGCAAAACAAAGCACUGCAACAGAUCUUUGCCAGUAAUGGAUCCAGACUACAGUGCUCCAUGCUGUGCGAACAGGGGGAGUUGCCUCUCGCGCAGCACACUGAGCUCUGCAAGCCAGGGGGAAGCGGAAGAGUUACGCCAUGCCUUGUUUCCAAAUGUGUGUAGCGAGAGAAAGAGGGAAGGAAGAUGAUGUGACCCCAUGCAGUUGUUUACUACAGAUGACUAGGAGGAGAUCUAGACC